UGGCCCUGACGCCGCCGCCGGGGUCCGCGCCGGUGCCUGGCGCCGGCGGCCCCGAGGCGCAGCCCUCGCGGGGCGCGCUGCCACUCCCCACAGGUGUCUUUCAGGUUGCAGAAAAGAUGGAAAAAAGGACAUGUGCACUCUGCCCCAAAGAUCUCGAUUAUAGUGUCGUGUACUUUGCACAAUCAGAGAAUAUAGCUGCUCAUGAAAAUUGUUUGCUGUAUUCUUCAGCACUUGUGGAAUGUGAGGAUCAUGAUCCAGUUAAUGAUGAUAGAAAUUUUGAUGUGGAAUCAGUAAAGAAAGAAAUCCAGAGAGGAAGAAAGCUGAAAUGCACACUUUGUGGUAAAAGAGGAGCCACCGUGGGGUGUGAUUUAAAAUCCUGUAACAAGAAUUACCACUUUUUCUGUGCCAAGAUGGAUGAUGCAUUUCCACAAGCUAAUGGAGCUCAAGGAACAUACAAGUUGUUUUGCCAACAACAUGCCCCGAAACCAUCUACCAUCACUCAAAGUGCUAAUCAUUCAAGAGUAAAAAGAAAAAGAGGAAGAAAGAAACGUCUUUCAACAGGCAUUCAUGUACUGCCACCUGAGACAAUGAACAGAUUCGAAAGACAAAUGAAGGAAGACUCCAGCAGCCACACAGAUGCACUCUCCAAAGUUCCUUUUCUUAAAAAAUGUAAGGAAGCAGGACUCCUUAAUGACUUAUUUGAAGAAAUGUUGGACAAACUUCAUGUUAUUCAAGAAAAGCUCAUGGAUGAAACCACUUCGGAAUCAGACUAUGAAGAAAUUGGGACUUCACUUUUUGACUGUAGACUCUUUGAAGACACAUUUGUAAAUUUGCAAGCAGCAAUAGAAAACAAAAUCCAAGAAACCGAAGAAAAACGACAGCAGCUGAAGGAAGAGAUUGAAGUUCUACAAGACUUACAGCAUAACUUGUGCUCUUUUCAAGAAAACAGAGACCUCAGGUCAAGUUCUACUUCAGUAUCAUCCCUGUGUCCCUAAGGAUCAUCUGUGCACAACUAAGAGGUGACACUGCCAGCAGACCAAGUACUGGAAAUUCGCCUGUGAAAGCCACAAAGCUCUAAGACUGAGCCCUAAUUCUUAUGAGCCUAAAACUGUGAUUCCCCAGUGUGUCCCUUUAUCCAUUCUUGCUGAUUGACAUUACAUGUCUGACUGAAUGUCAUGUCACUUCUACCUCUUCGCCAAUGACACCCUUUAUAUUUAAAAUUCUGUGUGGCUUCCUGCUGGUGCUCCUACACCCCCACAAUCCUUUUUUUUUUGGGGGGGGGGGGGUCCA